AUGACUUACCAGCUGGUGGUAGAGCAUCCAACCACACAAACGCUAGAUCCAGACCGCAAGAGGAUGACCCACACAGAUGCAGAGAAAGCAGCCCAGAGAGUGCGGGAUGGUUUCGCAUUUGUUGGUAUUACAGAGGAGUGGAGCUUGUCAAUUUGUCUGUUCCACAAGAUGUUUGGAGGAAGUUGCCAACAGUCCGACUUCACAGACACCCGGCCUUCAGCUCCUGGGAAGUCUGCCAACGUGGCCUACGAUACAUCGGAGCUCAUGGGGUGGCAUGAUGACGUUGAUGAGGUGGUGUAUGCUGCCGCCUUUGACGUGUUCCGCACAAAUCUGAUGUUAUUCAACGUGUCGCACAGCACAUGCCAGGAGUGUUACAGCCGAGGGGGAGUGACUGCAUACUGA